ACUUGGAUUAUCACUUGCUUUUGUCUUCAACUACUCCUGCUUAAUCCUCUUGUCAAAGCCCAGAGUUCCUGCGGGAGUCCAGUGACAGAUGAUGUGAAUGACAUUGCAAAAUUGGUUGGAAAUCUCCCAAAUGAUUAUAUGAUAACCCUUAAAUAUGUCCCGAAGAUGGAUAGUCUGCCCAAUCACUGUUGGUUGCAUUUGAUGGUGCCUGAGUUUUCAAGGAGUCUACAUAAUCUUCUCCAGAAAUUUUCAGAUAUUUCAGAUAUGUCUGAUGUUUUAAGCAACUAUUCAAUCAUCAAUAAUCUCACAAGGAUAAUUAAUGAUCUUAUGGCAUGCCUAGCUUUUGAUAAAAAUAAGGAUUUUGUAAAAGAAAAUGGUCACCUUUAUGAAGAAGGUCACUUCAUUCCUGAGGAGUUUUUUAGGCACUUUAAUAGUACCAUUGAGGUCUACAAGGAAUUUGCAGACACGUUGGAUAAGAAUGACUGCAUUCUGCCUUCAACAGUAAAAACACCGGAGAAUGAUUCCAGAGUCGCUGUCACAAAAACAUUUUUGUUUCCUCCUGUUGCUGCCAGCUCCCUUAGGAAUGACAGCAUUGGCAGUAACACUAGCAGUAACAAAGAGGUACUUGGCUUCAUUAGCAGCUCCAGCCUGCAAGGAAUCAGCAUAGCACUGACAUCAUUGCUGUCUCUUCUUAUUGGCUUUAUUUUGGGAGCCAUAUACUGGAAGAAAACACAUCCCAAAUCCAGACCAGAAAGUGACGAAACUACACAGUGUCAUGACUGUCAAGAAGAAAAUGAGAUAAGUAUGUUGCAGCAAAAAGAAAAAGAACAUCUACAAGUGUAG